UAAUCAUUAUUUUAUAGUUUUUAAACAAUUUACUUGAUAUUUUGAAUUUUUUACUUUUUGUAAAUUAACUAAUUGAUUAAAGUUUGUGAAUACAGUUAAGAAACUGAGUUUAUCUUAUUACUAUCACACCAAUUUGAUCAUUUCAUAGCUUAUAUGAGUCUUUUAAAUAUUUAAAAUAUAUUUAGAAACUAUCUUUCAUAUGUCCUUUUAUAGGAAGAAUGUUAUUUUAAGACAUUUUGUGUUAAAUAAUUAAAAAUUAAUUCUGAACAUUCAUGCUGCACAUUACAGUGAGCACAUACAAUAAUGCUUAACUAUGGUCCAUACAAAUGUUGAUGAACUUCAGUGUUCUAAAUAAAACAGAUAAAAGGCAUACUGAUAAUUUGGAAAACAGUCGUCAUAUGUGUCCAAAUGGAUGUGGUCGUCAUUAUAAAAGAAAAGGACACAUGACAUAUCAUUUGAAAUUUGAAUGUGGGGUUCAUCCUCAAUUUAAAUGCCCAUAUUGUAGUAAAUGGUCCAAUCGGAAGUCCAGUCUAAAAACACAUGUUUUAUGUGUUCAUAAAGUUAUAUUUGAGGACAAUAUGCUUAUGCUUUCAAAUACUUAAUUAUGAUAAUGUGGUAUGAAAACCUAGGAAUUAAUAUAUCAUUUUAUUGUAAAACUUUUUUUUGUAAAUAAAAUGUAAGUAAAUGGUUUUUUUAAAACUAAAAUAAAUAUUCUACUUAUACUA